AUGGCCUCCAAAGAAGUAAAAAAUGAACUAAAAAGUGCCCGUGAAUCAAUUCAAAAUAAAGAUUAUCAUGCAGCUUUAAAACAUUGCAAAGCAGUUCUGAAGUUGGAUAAGGCAAACUAUAAUGCAUUUGUAUUUGUUGGGGUUGCUUCCAUUGAAGUGGGGAAACCAGAGCAAGCGUUGGCUGCGUAUAAGAAAGCUAUCGAAGUGAAUUCAGACAAUAUUCUUGCAUGGCAGGGUUUAUCAUCAUUGCACGAGAAAGAACCAGAGAUUGCAAGCAAUGAAGAACGUAUUGAAGUUUACAAAAGAUUGAUGAAACAUUAUGAGAAUGAUGACAAAAAGAAGUGGUCAGAUAAUGUUUUGAAGUUAAUUGAGAUAUAUAAAACAUUGAAGAAUGUUGAUGAGGCACUGACCCUGCUGAAGUUGCUUUGCGAUGCAGAUUGUGAUAAAGACAAGGGAUUCUUGUGCUGUAAAACUAUUGACCUCCUGGUGGAAAAUAAGAAUGACUUGACUGCUGAACAAUCAGAUGAGUUAAUAAAUUCAUAUAGGAAAUUUCUAAGCGAAGGCAUUGAACCAAGUGAGGAAACACAUCAGUAUUUUCAAAAUUAUCUCAACCUACUUCUGGACAAAAUGCAUGGUAAUGGAGCAUUUCCUGUAAGGGAAGUAAUAUCUGAGGCAAAACGAAUGAAAGCUUUUUUUGAAAAAGAUGAGUUUGCUCUGAAUCUCCUUGCACGACUCUAUCUUGGACAGACUUCAGAAGUUGAUGUUGAAGAAGCGGAGAUUUAUGAAGAACUUUUGCAGCUCAAUCCUGAGUCACCUUUUGCUCAUUUUGGUUUGGGGAAAAUUAAAUUGUUGGAAAAGAAUUUUCAAGAAGUUGAAGAAGUUUUAGAUAAGGGUCUUCAGCUUUGUGGCACUUCAUCAGUUGCGUGGUAUUUCAUGACACAAGCCCAGUUAUUCCAUCACAAAUAUGACAAAGCUUUUCAAAAUUCUAACACAGGAAUAUUGGUCAUGAAGGAUGAUCGAGACAUGUCAUAUAAUCAUGACGAUGUUCAUUUUAAUCUUAGUUUCUGCAAAGCAAAAGCCAGCAGUUGGCUGGGAAAGAACGGGAUAACUAAUGCAAUUGAAUUACUACAAGAGCUCAAUGCGUUACAACCAAACAAUCCCAAUGUUUCCAUUGAACUUGGCAGGAUAUUUGUCAGAAAACAUGAUUUAGAGGAAGCAAGACAGUGUUUUGAAAACGUCUGCAAUAUCAUUGAAAAAGAUUCGCCAAAAUGUUUAACGCUCGAGGGAGAAAUUUAUGCCGCUCAAGAUGAAUUUGAAAAUGCCGAGAAAAGUUUUCGUUUGGCGAUUGAACUGCAGCAAGAUGUUGCUGAAAAUCAUCUUAAUCUUGGCAAACUUUAUUGGAAAAUGGAAGGGCGAUAUAGAACUGAUAGGGACAAGUGUUUAGAGCAUUUGUUGAAGGCGGCCAAGUUAGACUCCUAUAUUCCCACGACAUUUUUAUAUCUUGGUAAAUAUUAUGAGACGGUUGGACGAGGACAUGAAGCAUUGCGCUGUUACAAGAAGUCUCACGAUUUGAGUCCACUUUGCGACGAAACUGCUGAAGCUUUGGUCGAUGCAUAUAUGAGCUCAGGACAAGAGGAACAAGCUGCUGAACUCUGCAGAAAAUUUGCAGUAAAAACUGGCGUAGGAAGAGUAAAAUGGGCAUUUCUACGUCUUGGCUUGUAUCAUCUUAAGAAUGAGCAGUUCAACGAUGCUGUUCACUGUUUUCAGAACGCUUUACGAGUGGAUGACCUUGACGCAAACACUUGGGAAUGUCUGGGCGAGGCAUACAUGAGUCGAGGCAGUUAUACACCUGCAUUGGCUUCGUUUACUCGGGCAACAGAGUUAAAUCCAUCUCUGCUGUACUCGCACUAUCAAAUUGCAGUUGUAAAGCAUCUUUUGGGUUUGUUUGAAGAAGCUGUGGCGGUUUACAAAACAAUUCUCUCUGAACACUGUGAUUACGUUCCAGCAUUGAAAGGACUGGGUGCGACUUACAUUUCGUACGCAAGGUCCUCUCUUGAGCAAGACUUUCACGGCAGAGCUUUGGAUUAUAUUCAGAAUGCGGUCAAUAUUUUGGCACGCGGUAUAGAAUGUGAUGGUAGUCUAUCAUGUGUUUGGAAACUGCAAGGCGAUGCUUGUUCACUUGUAUUUAAUAUCCAUGAAACAAAAGUAAGAGUUGAACUACCUGAAAGUCUUCGAAAAUUCCUGAAGUUAGAAGACGAUAGCGCUGUUACUAAAAUGGAACUUCUGAGCCUUGCCGCAAGUUGUUUUGGUCAAGCAGUUCGUUAUAAUUCGUCCUGCGCAAGUCUUUGGCAAGAUGUUGGUCUGAGUUAUUUCAAAAUGUCUUCAAUCGACAAAGACCCCAAUGAACGAAGAAAACUAUGUGAAAGAUCAAUGAAGGCGCUAAAGAAAGCUCUAAACAUAGAACCUGAUAACUACAUCAUCUGGAAUACCCUUGGCUUGGUCGCUGCUUCAGAAGAUGUGAACAACCCAGAGCUCAGUCAACAUUCAUUUAUCAAAUCAAUUGAAUCGCAGAAAAAUGCAACAGCUUGGACAAACUUGGGAGUUUUGUAUUUGCGAUAUGGAAAGGCAGAUAUGGCUAACAAAGCGUUCAACGCAGCUCAGUGUACUGACCCUACCUAUACUCAAGCUUGGAUAGGGCAAGCAACAAUUGCUGAAAUGUUUGCCAAUAUUGAAGCAAUGGAUCUCUAUCGACACUCCAACGAGCUUGGAACACACGUUGAAGGAUAUCUUGGUUAUGCCAACUGGGUUUGUCAUACUUUGUUACCAAGGGAUCAAGCAUCGUGUAUGUUAAAGGGAAAACCUUUCGCUGAUCUCUCGCAUCUACCAGACAAGCUUAAAAGCGUGGUCCUAAUUGCUUCGUUUGGUUUAACCAAGUAUUCAGAUCAAAUCAAGAACAAUCCUUGCGCUUAUAACAUGCACGGUAUUUUAAUGGAACAUCAACAACUUUACAGUCAAGCAGCGAAGUUUUACAGCUGUUCUUUAGAACUAUUGAAGAGCGCUGAGAAUGUCAACAACGAUUAUUGUAACAUUGUUAGAGCUAACUAUGCCAGAGUCUUGCGUGCUCUGGGAAAAUACAGUGAGUCAAUAAACGUGUAUCAAGAAAUCAGUCCAUUGAGUAAUUUCCAUCAUAUCACUGGCUUGGCUUUGUCUUUCCUGAUGCUCGGUGAUUUUCAGCAAAGCUAUCAAGCCUACGAGCAAGCCUUCGCUCUGGCCACAAGCGAGGCUCAGAAAUCUCAUGUUCGCGCUGCGAUGGGUAUGGUGAGAUACAUGUCAAACCAGCUCGAUGAAGCUAAGCUUGAUUUAUGUGAAAGUUCCGACCUAAGGCCAUCCAGCGAACAAGGUCUUCUUGCUCUUAGCGCCCUGGGUUUGAUCACGUCUGACAUCACGCUGGCUGCUGCAGCACUCGCUGAACUUGUCAAGAUUGGACAAAAAGGCGAUGAAAACUUGAUUUCCGAGGCAAGCUUUCUUUUUGCAAGUUUCUACGCUUUGCAGGGGAGUCCAAAUGCUGGUAAGAUUUAUAUCGUGAAAGAGAUUUAUAGAAGACCCCACAGCAGUUUGUUGUGGAACUGCUUGGCCAAGUUCAUUCUUCGUUUUCAGACGAAUCAGUUGAAGGAGGCUGGAAGAUGUGCUGAUGCUGCGCACAGACUUGGAGACAGAAAUGUUGAGGAUGUUUCAAUCACGUGUGCCUACAGUGCAAUCGGUUCCGGUCGUGAUCCAACGUGUGUUCAACAAAGCAGAAUCUCACCUGGACUAAUAUCAGCCCAGAAAACGGUCCAUAUGAGACCAGAUUGUUUGACCAACUGGGCCUUGCUCUCAGCAGCAGUGACUGAGGAAACUACAUACCAAAGCACGGCUCGAAGAAAAAGACUUUGUGAGCUGGUCACACACUUUGGAUUAACUGAAGCCAUCGAAGCCGCUGAUCGUCUUCUCACAAGGCCAGACGUUUUUGAAAGACGGAAUAUAAACAUGGCAGAUGAAAACCAGAAGUGGUUUGCUCUUCAUUAUGGAUAUUCUUUGUACUACUCUGGGAAAACGGAUGAAGCUAUUCAACACUGUGCUCAGGCGCUUCAGAUUUGGUCGGAAGACUCCUCUUUCACGGACAGAAUCAAGCUGCUUCUCGUAGAGAUCAAUUGUCGGUCUUUUAAUGAUGGUUUAGAUAACUCGAGCUGUCUUCAAGACAUGGCAACGGUGCUGACCCUCAACAGACAAGAUUGCUAUGCUUGGCAGUUUGCUGGAUUAUUUCAUGAGCAACAUGGUUUCAUAAAGGCAGCUGAGUUCUGCUAUCGAAAUUCUCUGGAGUUAUCCAGUAGAGAAGGGUUAGAUACAGUUCUUCUGAAUACCGAAGAAAGCUCUCAUGCAUAGGAUAUUUCAACUUGAGUUUUUAUAUUCACAGAUCGUUACAUGGCAAAGUUUUCUCUCUCAUUCGUUUAUCUCAUCUCGCUUUACGUCAAGCCUUGGUCAAAGAAGACUCAACUCAUUGGUUAGACCUGAUUGUUGAAGCCACGAAUGAGACUGUGAAGCUUGUCCCAAACUGCUCGGCUGCAUUGCUUCUGAGAGGAAUUGCACAUUACUUGCAAAACCGCAUCAGGCAAGGCAAAGAUACCCUCAGUUUGGUUAACAACAGCGCAGGCUGUGCUGAUGUGGCAAAUCUUUAUCUUGUUCUGUUGAACUUGAAGCGACCGAAAAAGGGAGAAACUCUUGAUGAAGUGAUUGAGAAUGCAACUAGCGAGAACUUUUGCAACACAUUGCAAGAUAUUCUUCUGUAUUUAAUGGCGAUGAACGUGGAUGGUCUGGCGAGAAAGAGACUCUUGAUGAGAUGCGUUCAUCUAAAUCCAAGUGAGACACGAUUUUGGAAAGCAUUACGUAAUUCAUAAUGUUCAUCCGCGGGACGCUUCGGCCUCGGAUGGGGUUCGUCUAUUCGGAACGUGUCGAUUAGCUGAUGAACACGAAUGAAAUUUUUUAACAAUUUUUAAUAUUUUAUAACCAAAUUAUAUGUGUAUUGUACAUAAAAAUGAAUUUCGAGUAAUAUUUUAUUGAUAUAAAUACAUACCACAGCUACUGUUCGUAUAUGCCGAUAGUUUUAGACUCGUUUAGACAGGCUUGUUUGAUUCGUGAGGAUCUGGAAAUCAGAGGGCAU